AUGGAUGAGUAUACACAUAUUGGUCCGGCUCUUUGUGUUAAAUUCCAUAAGGAUAGUCUUUUGACCUGUUAUGGCCCAUAUUUACAAGAAUAUGAUUACAAGCACAAUGAAUUGAUGAACAAAUGUAAGCUUUUCAACAGGAACAAAAUACAUGGAAUCUGUAUUUCAAGUGAGGGUAAAAUUUGUGCCUAUGGUGGGUCUUCUAUUUCCAUUCUAAAACUAGAAGAUAUCAAUCAAAGGCGUGAAUACCUAUCCAAUGAGUUGGUACUUGAUGAAAAUAUAACUGCAAUUGAAUUCAGCAAGGAUGGUUCUAAGUUGUACAUUUUAACUAAUUACAAUAAAGUUUUGAUCACAGACUUAACAGGCAAAGUUGUCGAGGAAAAGAAGUUGGUAGGUGAGAGAUCAAUUCUUUAUUCUGGAUCCAUUAAGGUUAUAUCUGAAUCUGAGGUGCAAAUAAAUGCUGGUACUGUAAUGGGUGGUGCCAUUGUAUGGGAUCUUUACAAGGAGGAAUUAAUUCAUAACUUGACAGGACAUGAAGGCUCAAUAUUUUACAUCCAAUCAAGCGAGCAUAACAAAUUGAUAGCUUCUUGCUCUGAUGAUAGAUCAAUUAGACUAUGGGACAGAGAAACUGGCAAGGAAUUAUCAAUUGGCUGGAGUCAUACUGCUAGGAUCUGGAACUUGAAAUUUUUCAAUAAUGAUGAAAAUCUUGUCAGCGUAUCCGAAGAUUGUACUUGCAGAGUGUGGAAUAUUAUACCAAAUGACAUUUCUGGCUAUGAACUCCAGAUAAGUAAUAUUUUUGAAGGGCAUUUACUUAAGAAUGUCUGGGGUGUUGAUGUUAAUGAUGAGAAGAGAAUCAUCGCUACAUCAGGCAAUGAUGGUAGAAUAAACGUCAUUGACUUGAACACCGACACAAAUUCAGGAGAUGAAGUAAUUGGAUAUGAAAUUGCUGAUAUUGAAAAAGCGGCUGGCAUAAGUUUUGAAAAGGAUGAGAUUAUAAAGGGCUUUUAUUGGUUCAAAUUUGGGCUCGUUUGUAUUACAUCACAAGGACGAGUCUUGGCUUUCCAAACUGAAACUAAACAAUGGAGGCAAUGCCUGUUGGAUAGUAGAUUUGCGUCCUACUCUAUCACUAACGGGAUAUACGAAUCAAAUAUUGUAUUCUUUACUAACAAUAAAUGUGAUAUUUUAGCCAUGAAGUUCUCAAUUGAUGGUUCUGAAGUAAAAGUUACUAAACAAUACAAGGAAGAUUCUCUCUCCAAGCUCAGUAACUCCCUUGCUAUUAGUGCUGGCUACCACAUAUUGUUAUUAGAGUCACCAAACCCAACCGAUAAGUUAUGCUUCUGGAGCUUUGAUGAUAAUCUUGAGAUCAAGAAAAGAGAAGCUUUUGAAAAACCUGCCAACAUCGUGUCCUCUUGCUUUGAAAUAUACGAUAGUUACUACUUAGUUGGGUCUCGUUUUAGUUCAAUUGCUGUUUUUGAUACUAAGAAAGAGAAUAAUAACUCAACUGUCCUAAAGAAUUUGACAAAUGGUGAUACUAUAACAUCAAUUCAAUUAUCUGAUUUAGGACCAAUGUUUGAGCCUAUUUUUGCAAUUACAAAUAGAGAUGGCUAUUAUAAGUUCAUCAAGUGUGAUUUCAAAAAUUUAGGUAAUGAUGGGUUUUAUGAAGUAUUGCACUCAAACAAAAUCACAAAAGGCUUUCUUGAGGGAUCAUAUUUGGAUUCAAGACUGAAUUUUAUUACAUAUGGCUUCAAGUCAUCUUUGUUUUAUAUAUAUGAUGAAACAGAAUGUUUGGAAAUAGCCAGCGAAGUUUGCGGUGGAGCCCAUAGGCAAUGGCAUUUCUGCAAAGAGAAUGUAGAAGAUCUUGUGUUGACAUAUAUCAAGGCUUCUAAACUUUUUAUUAGACACUUUAAGAAAUCGAUUUACCCUCAUGUUUUGGAACCAGGUUUGCAUGGUAGAGAAAUUCGCGAUGUCACUAUAAUGCCUGACAAUAAAGACUUCAAGGGUUAUUUCUUCUGUACAGGUUCUGAGGAUACAACUAUCAAGCUUUCUUAUUAUGAUCCAAAUUCGAGAAAAAUCAAGACUUACUGGACAGAAAGAAGACAUGUUUCUGGCUUGCAAAAAUGUAGAGCAAUCAGUAACAGCAUGGUUAUCUCUUCAAGUGCUAGAGAGGAGCUUUUCUUAUGGAAGGUAAAUUAUAACAGAAUUCGUCCAUACAUGAUGUGUAAGCAAGUCCUUCCAACAUCAAAUGAUAAUCCUGACUUACGUAUUAUGGAUUUCUCUGUGUCAUUUGUCAACAGCAAUGAACAAGACUUCUUGUUAUCCACAGUUUACUCUGAUUCAAUGAUUAAAUUAUGGUAUUACUCUUCAGAGGCCAAUACAUUCACUUUACUAGUCAGUGGUUUAUACAAAACAUGUUGUUUGUUGGGUACAGAACUUUUAACUGUCAAAGAUAAUUUAUUGCUUUUAGCUUCGGCUACUGAUGGUCAUCUAUUUGGUUACAAUGUCACUGAUCAGGUCUUAAAAGCAGGCUUCUCAAUAGAAAACAACAAGAUUUACAUGAAAUCCUCACUAAAUACAGACUCCUCUGUUAGCCUAUCAAAUGAGCGUAUAUUUGAUGUCAUUGCUCAUCAAUCUGGUAUCAAGACGAUGACUUUACUACAAGAGUCUGAUAAGAAGUUUAGAAUUUUCACUGGCGGUGAUGAUAACGCCCUUGCCCUAACCUCUGUUCAAUGCAACCCGGACAUGUCAUUUGUUGCAGCAGUUAAAUCCACCAUUGCUAAGGCUGCUGCCUCUACUAUUACUGGUACCGCCUUGUGUUCAAUUGACAAUCACGAAAGACUAGUGUCCUGUUCAGUUGACCAGAUUGUCAGAGUUUGGUCAUUUGAGUGUGAUGAACUGAAGUUGGAAUCAGAAAAGUACACCACCAUAGCUGACACUGGUUGUAUAGAUACAAUCGAGGACAAAGAGGGUAAAGCGAACAUUGUAAUCGGUGGUGUUGGUUUGUCCAUUUGGGCAAUUUAA